CUCCACCCCUAUUUCCGGAAUCGAUCGUGCGACAACCGCCAAAAGGGGAAGCGCGAUUUUCUUGUUUUUCUACAAAUAAUAAGUUUUUAAUCCGCAUUAUUAACAGAAAAAUUUAGUUGUCUAUAUCAAAUUGAAUCACUCGCGAAUUUUGAGUGCAAAAAUAAGGAUUUCGUCUGAAAUUUGUGUGGUUUAUUGACCAAGGUCACGUCAUGAGGACUGGAAACGAAACACGAGUUUCUACCGCCAAAACUGGAGCUCCAGAGCAGAAAAGCUUCAUUACCAAAAAUCAUUUGCAGGACAAAGUUAGGAAGUCUUUACACACUUUGCAGCCGGCAGCUACCGAUAAAGAAAAUCUAGUCGGUGCUGGAAGGACUCUAAGAUCAAGCGGCUCCCUAAAAGAAGCAGUCAAAGAGGCAAUUAAGGAUGAGAUGUCUACCAAGGUGAGAAGCGACAACACCAAAGUAAGAAGCGAUACACCUAAAAAUGAAUCAACCAAACGCAAAAAGGCCACAUCGAAGGACAAAGCGAUUCAGACUGCUCGAGGAGAGAAAAUCAAGAUUGAAGUCGAAGAUUUAACUUCCGAAGCUGGUCCUAGCGAAAAUUACUGGGAGGUUUUGGCAGAAAGGAGGAGAAUAGCACUCGACGAUGCUCUAGAAGAAAACAAAGAUUUAUCCGAGCGUUUAGCAAAAAUGGAAGAGGAGUAUCGUCUCUGUCGUGAAAUGUUGGACGAGACCAGAGCCCUCGUCGAAGUUUUACAGGAGGUGAUUGGCGAUGAUCGAGGCGACAUUAACAAUUCAUUGGAAGACAGCGUGCUUUAAUUUAGGACAUCACCGAAUUUUAAUUAUCUUGAGUACCCUAGUUUAAUAAUAAUAUUAAUAAUAUUAAUAAUACACGAGAAGGCUGAAGACUGUUUCGUCUAUCUAGAAAACACUGCUACGAGUCAUGCAGUGCUUUAAGUUGUUCUUUUUCAUAUUUCUUGCUCACAGCAAAUGACACGCAUUUUUUGCAAGUUUUAUUUUCGCCAAUUCAGCGCCAAGAUAAAAUCAUAACCCGGUUUCUUUUUAUUUUCUCUUUUUUUUUUACAAUUUAUCACAAAGAAAUCAUUUAUAAAUGGAGAAUAGACAGAUUGGUUUUUUUUUUCUAUAAACAUAAAUAUUUAAGUACUCCGACCAGUCAGCAGAUCGACGCUGAUUAUGUGAUUCUUGAAAUGAUCGACUUAAUCGAUAACUUAUCUAGUUUUAACUAUUUCAUAAAUCUAGAUUAAUUAAAGAAUAAAUAAAAACUAAGUCA